UGUGUGAUUGUUGAGGGCGGGUUUGGAUUUCAGCUAUGCGUUACUUUAAUUUUUAAUAAUUGUGAUAGCAAUAAUAUUAUUAUUUUUUAUAUCAGUUUUUAGCUUUUAGUUUAACAUUUUUGUCUGUGAUAAUUUCUUUUAGUAAUAUUAGCUAAAAUUAAGAAUGCUAAGGGGAAGGGUGAAGCAUUUAUUGCAUUGCAUUUCGUUUCUGUCUUUCAUAUUUAUGUUCCUGGUUUUUGCUGGCGCUAUAAAUUUGGACGAUAAAACGAAAGAUAUCGUUGAUCCAUGGGAAACAUAUGGAACGUAUGGCACAAUAAUUUUAUACAUUCUGAGACUGUUAACAUUACUUACAAUACCACAGGUUGUGUGCAAUUUUGCUGGUUUAAUAUUUUUUAAUGCCUUUCCUGGAAAGGUAAAGCUAAAAGGAUCACCUUUACUUGCACCUUUUAUCUGUAUCAGAGUUGUCACAAGAGGUGACUUUCCGAAACUUGUAAGAGAUAAUGUCACAAGAAAUAUGAAUUUGUGCAUCGAUGUUGGAAUGGAGAACUUCAUGAUAGAAGUAGUUACUGAUAAAGCAAUAAAUCUACCAAAACAUAGAAGAGUUAGAGAAGUUGUUGUGCCCUCAGAAUAUCAAACAAAAACUGGUGCACUUUUUAAGUCACGUGCAUUACAGUAUUGCUUGGAAGACAAUGUCAAUAUAUUAACUGAGACCGAUUGGAUUGUGCAUUUAGAUGAGGAAACACUGCUUACCGAAAAUUCUAUACGUGGUAUUUUGAAUUUCGUGUUAGACGGCCAACAUCAGUUUGGGCAGGGAUUAAUAACAUAUGCUAAUGAGAAAAUAAUAAAUUGGAUGACAACAUUAGCGGACAGUUUUCGUGUUGCUGACGACAUGGGAAAGUUGAGAUUUCAGUUCUAUCUAUUUCACAAACCAUUGUUCAGUUGGAAAGGUUCUUAUGUUGUCACACAGAUGAAUGCAGAAAAAAAGGUUUCAUUCGAUAACGGUCUUGACGGUUCUGUUGCUGAAGACUGUUAUUUUGCAAUGAAGGCAUAUAAAGAAGGGUAUACAUUUAAUUUUGUAGAAGGAGAGAUGUGGGAAAAAUCUCCCUUCACAUUGUGGGAUUUCAUACAACAGAGGAAAAGAUGGAUCCAAGGUAUUCUUCUAGUUGUACAUUCAAAAGAUAUACCAAUAUUUAAUAAAGUUUUUCUAGCAAUAUCAUGUUAUUCUUGGGUAACAUUGCCAUUGUCAACAAGCAAUGUUUUCUUAGCUGCAAUAUGUCCCAUACCUUGUCCUCAUAUUUUAGAUUUGGUAUGUGGAUUUAUUGGUGCUGUUAAUAUUUACAUGUACAUUUUCGGUGUUGUAAAGUCAUUCCCUAUUCAUAGAUUUGGGCCUUUAAAAUUUUGCUUGUUCAUUGGAGGGGCAUUAGCAACUAUUGCAUUUAAUAUUGUGAUUGAAAAUAUAGCUGUUGUUUGGGGAGUAUUAGGCAAGAAACAUAAAUUUUACAUUGUUAAUAAGGAAGUUAAGAUACCGGUAACGGUAUAAGUGGAGCCCUUGAGAAUAUUUCUGUUAUUUUAAGUGCACAAAUACUUAAAGAAUUACUCUUGCACUCAUUCAGCAGUAAGUAUAUAUAGUGAUUGUAUAACUCGGUUAUAUGUGAUUGUUAUAGUAUAUGUAAGGUUUUCUAAAUUUACAAGUGAUUAAAUCUUGUUAGCCUUUGUUACCAAAGUUUGAAGUUAAGAAGAUACUAAAUUGUUUUCAAAGUAUUAAAUUAUUUUUUUCAUUUCUAGAUUUAGGACUAUUCUGAGAACUGUUGAAAAAUAAUAAACAGUGUUCUGAAAUUUAUUUUUAGAUGUUUUUAUGAGUCGGUUAUUAUUUUAUUUGUUUACGUGAUAAAUAGUAGAUAUAUUCAAUACUUAAAUUAGGCCAGUGCCAUUCUCAUUUUUUUACUUUCUUGUAACAGUUAUUUAAUCAUUUUUACGUAUUAUUGCCUUGUAUUUAUAUAGUCAAUUUGGAUUGGAAGAUAAGCAAAAGGAUUGGUACUGCAUAUUUAAAAAACUACGACAGUAGUUUGGGUGUCAAAUUUUGUGCCUGCAAUUAAGGCGUAUUGGUCGCGCGACUGAAGCGCUUCUGGCGUGCGGCUGUCCAUUAUCCAUACAUAAUUACACGCAUUUGUCAGUUAAAGAUCAACAAUUGAUUCGUCAUAACGAUUAACAAUUAAUAAACUGUAAUUGUGAAAAGAUCCUUAAUUUAUUAUUGUUUAUUUAUGUAGUAGGAAAUAAUAAAAUUUCAUUUUUGUUUUCAUUCCAAUAAAAAAUUUGAACUAUGGAUUUUGGAUAUAAUAAUGAAAAAAAUAACAAUUUCUUUACAUAUAGGUGUGAAUUAUUAGAUACAAUAAUUAAAAUAGUCAAUUGCAGUUAUUUUAAUUGUUAUGUUAA